UGCAAUAGAUAAUCUAUUCUAUCAUCAAUUCUUUUUAUUAAUUUUAUACAAAUUUUUAUGUAAUUUUUAUAGGAACGUCGAAGUAGCGUAUUUACAAGAUUUUUAUAAAUUCAAUAUCAGUAUGAAUGCGCAUGCGUGAAAAAGCGAUUCCAACUGUUGUUGCAAUAUGUCGGCGCGAAACAAAAUGUCACUAAUUAUAGAAUCGUCGUUUUCAUAUUCCCAGAAUAAUUUAAUAAUUUACACGCGUCUAUUUUGUACGAUACAAUCAUAAGACCUGCUGAUUUUAGUGAUAUAUGGUACUCUACACUAUAUUUCAACAAUUACACGUUCUAAUAAAAAAGAAGAAAGAUACCAAUAAGAAUAAGAGAUCAGCCUUGAAGUUGCCUCGUUUGAUUUCUUCCUUUUUUUGCAACAGUACCCUUAUUUAGUGAAACAAAAUGGAGCCCAACAUUGAAUCAUGUUAUAAUUCAAGAUUGGAAGAAAAAAGAAUUAUGCAAGAAGAGAAAGCUCGCACGAGCACGCAAGGCAGUGGCAAAUUCAUCAAUAGCCUGAUCGGACAAUGGAUAAGCCGAACGGGAAGCAAUGUGCCGUUGCAAGCGGAAGAGCAGGUGGCGGAAAGUUCGAGCACGCAAAGUGACAAACAGCAAGCCUCGCAGACUCAUGGGACUCAGCAGUCACAGGAGAACAUGAUUCAAAUUCUGAAACGGAAAUUAAAGGAAAGCCGAGACGUGCAAGCUUCCUUGACCGCCUCUUUGGAGACAGAGGUGCGCAACAAGGAAGAGAUCCAGACGAAAUUAAACGCCACUUGGAUAUACAUCGAGAACAUUACGGAAUAUUACAAUUACAUCAAAGAGAGCCUCGCCAGUUUCCAGCAGCAUCGCGACAAUUUAUCCACCAUGUAUGAUAACGUGAUUCUGAAGCAACAAGAAGCUAUCCAGAAGCUGCAGCUAAACGACGCAAAGUCGAAAGAUCUGGAAAAUCAUGUUGCACAGUUGAGAAAUAAAUCGCUAGUUCAAGAGGAAAGGCUGCAAGAGGCGUUGGCGGAGCGAAAUAAAUUGCGUAAACAAUUGGAGAACGAAUUACAAUUACAGAGGAAUGAAUUGGCGAAUGCACAUGCCGAAGAAAAGCUGAAACUCGUCAAAGAAGAACAGCGGCUGCUACUGGAGUACGAAAAUUUACAAUCGCGAUUGCAAACGAUCGAGAAGGAGAAAAGCGACAUCGCGAAAUCGACCGUGCAACUAGAAAACAAAUUGCUACUUCAAGAAGAGAAAUUGCAAGAAGCAUUGAUGGAGCAAAAUAAAUUGCGCAAACAAGUGGAGAAUGCCGAACGCGAAUUUCUUUCGCAGAAAAAUGAAUUAGCAAACGCGCACAUUCAAGAAAAAAAAAUGCUUGUCGAAAAACAACAACGAUUGCAAUCAGAAUCGGAAAGUUUACGCUCACAACUAAACAUACUAGAGCAAGACAAGAGCAGUAUUAUAGAAAUAAUCGCGCAAAAAGAUGAACUUAUUUCAAAAUUUCAGAAUGAGAUCUCUAUGUAUAAGAAUCAAAUUGAUUCGAUGACGAUAAAAUAUAACGAAACGUAUGCUAAAUGCGAAGCACUAAUAGAGAAGCAAAAUAUACAGGAGAAUGAAUUGCUUAUAAAAACAGAAAGAAUUAAAAAUAUAGAGGCGAUGUUAAAUGCAAUAAAACAAAGGGAAGCAGGUCUUGUUAAAGACGUAAAUAGAAUAGAGAAAAAAUUAUUCAACGAAAUGGAGUAUUCCAAGAAUCUUGAAAAUAAACUUUCGAUUAUGCAAAAAGAUCUGCAGAUCGCGCAGAAGCAGAACAUUGAUAUACAACAAUUGCUAGAAAAAACCAAGAAUACCAAUAAGACCGCCAAUCUCGACCUUCAAUUGAAACUGACAACUCUCGAGAGGGAGAAGGAAGAAAUCAUAAAGCAAGAAAAUAUGAAGAUUAAGAAUGCGGAGAUUUUGUAUGAAAACAUGCAAAUCAAACACGCCGAAGAAGUGUCGGCUUUGAAGAGCAAUUACGAGACACAAUUAUCCGAAUUGAAAAAAAACAUAGACUAUCUAAACGAGAUGAUCAGUAGCACUAGGAAAGAGAAUAGCGUGCUAAACAAGUCCUUGACGGAAAUGAGAGUGGAGAAUACCAGCUUAAAGAACAAGAUUCUUAUGGAGCACAGUGAGGAUCUCCAGGGAAGACUGAAAGAAGUCAGGGAAAUGCUGCAGACAAAAUCAGUUGAAGUCGAUCGAAAAAUCACGAGUGAAUCCACGAAGACUCAGUAUAACGUUUCCACAUCCUUGAAUUUCAACGAUAGUGAUGAAGAUAAGCCGUCGUCGCAAGCAUUGAAUCGUGCACCUUCGAUAAAAAGGCAGUAUCAAAACGAGCAAGAGGCGGAAGUUACGUCAAUGGGAAAGAAGUUUUUCAAGUCGCGUUCCGUUCAACCGCGUACCUACGCUAAGCGACGAAAAGAUUGAAAGGAUUUACGAAGUAGAGAUUGUUUUGGACGGAACAUAUGUGGAUGAGUAUCAGAUUUUUUUUGUUCACAUUUCUUUUGUUAUUAUUAGCGAUAUUCUAUUAUGUACACUCGAAAAUUAAUUUAAAAUAUUUAUAGAAUAUGGAAAAUUUUCAUCAAGUUGUAAAUAUAAGUCAGAAAUUGUAUCCAAUAUAAAUUAUGAUUAAUAGCGAUAGUCAUAUUUAGGACUAACAUCACGAACGCGAAGCGAGUCUCGUCAUCGCGCUCUCAGAAAAAACGCCCACGCCCACCUUCGACACGGAGCAGACGAGAUUGUAGCUAAUGGAAACGCGCAGAAAAUUUAAAUUUAAACGUGAUUCAUCGGCCCGUCAUCCGGCCAAUAAAUGAUCUCCUUUGAAUCGACACGCGAGGCCCAAAUUACGCAAUGUAACGAAACCGUGCGAGUCUCACCGUGGUUCUAUAGCUGGAAUUUUGUGUAACGUGUGCAUUAUUUUCCGUUCCGGAUAUUAGCGUGGUCCAGAACUUCUGAAAACAUAUCGCCACCUUCAUAUUAUGUAUACCAUGAUAUUAAUUUUUCUUCAAUUGAUUGGCAAUAAAAUUGUUUUUUUUU